GCUGUGCUGUUAAUCUGGCUGCUAGUCACUAGUCAGUCGCCUAAUCGCCACCCCAAGCUAGAAGCCUAGAACCCUACUGCUGCUUCUGGUACAAAUUGCACGCUGCCCGGUUGCAAUUCGAGAACCGAGGAGGACGCCGACGUAAUUCUGAGUUCUGACGAGCCAUACCUUCAGAUUGCUGAGAGAUGGGGUGCGUCCCUUCCAAGAUCCUGGCGAAAUCAGGGAGCUUUCAGGAGACGGUGAGACACAGCUUCCAGAGGAGCAACGUGAUCGAGGAGAUCAUCCUGUCCAGCUCCAAGAGCAACGGCGACCAGUUCCUGGCCCUUCUCUGCACGUCGAAUUCGUCGGUCAGGAAGGCCAAGGAGCCCGAGCAGAGCCCACUACCGGCGGCGGCCGAGCCCGCUGCCAAGAUCGAGACGAUCAACGUGUCCGAACUGCUCGCCGGGCUGGAGGAAGAGAACGCCGCAGAGCAAGAACGGCAGAGCGAUCGCAGGGAAGGCGGCAUGUCACCUGCUCAAUGCGCGUCAGAUGGUGGCGCUGCCGGGAGGGCGAGGAGCUUCCGCACGGUGGAGGAGUUCGACGCGUUGGUGACGCAGAGCAGCUCGUCGGAACAAGCAACACCGGCACCUGAACAGGAGGAACGUAGAGCAGCGGCAGUGGCAUCUAGUCACGGCGCGUCGGCCACUGCCAUGGAGAGCAACUCGUCCGAGCAAGAGGAGGCCGCGAGGCAAGGAGAGGCGACCGGCGCGAAGAGGCGGGCGAGGGCGAGGCAGCUGGGCGAGCUGAAGGUGCCGCCGGCCUUCGACUUCUCCAAGUCCGGCAGCCUGAGGGACUGGCUGCUCCAGGGAGGCCAGAUCUUCUCGCCCGGCUCCUACGUUACGCCCAAGUUCGGAACCGCGCCGACGGCGCCGGCUGACCACGAAGGUCACAAGGCCGCCGAGCAGCAGCAGCAGCAGCAACACGUGGUGUUCGACCCGGAGCUUGUCGCGCAGUUCGAGCGGGCCAUGGAGCAGCAGUCCGAGGACGGGGAGCGCGUCCUGACGGAGAUCUUGGAGGCGCUGGAGUUGGAAGCCGGGGAGAAGGAGCGCACGGCGGCGUUGGGGAGAGUGAGCGAUCAGCCGGUGGCCGUGUCUGUGCAUCAGGACUAGGCGGUGGUGAGGUAGAGUUGAGUUUUUGGAUGGCUGUAGUGUGACUGUAAAAUUGUCGGUAACAAGUGUUCAGAAAUGGUUUGAGUAUUUUGAAUAGUUUUCAUAUUCUUGUGAGCAUGUUCUGUAGGAUUUUUAUUUAUUUUUUGGUAGAUUUGUUUGCGGACUGUGAA